AUGAAGGACAUACUCACCAUCAGCGAACGCGCCGCAGAGCGCAUCAACCACCUGAUGUCGCUCAGGCCCUCCGAUGCCGAGACCGCCCUCGGCAUCAAGAUCGGGAUCAGGAACGCCGGCUGCUCCGGCAUGUCCUACACCAUGGACUAUGCGGAGGAAGUGUCUCCCGGCGCCGAAGUGAUCUCGCAGCGCGGGGUCACGGUGGUGGUGGACCCGGCCGCGGUGAUGUUCCUGAUCGGCACCGAGCUCGACUUCAGCGAAGAAAAGCUCAGCGCCACCUUCGUCUUCAACAACCCCAACGUCACCAGCACCUGCGGCUGCGGCGAGAGCUUCGGCGUGGGCUGA